AUGCGAUGCUGUACCUGGUCGUUUAGAUCAGAUCUCUAUAGUAUUGGUACAACGAUGAUAGGAGUUUACUAUGGUCAGUGCAGUGAGAUUUGUGGAACGAAUCAUGCUUUUAUGCCGAUCGUCGUAGAAGCUCUUUCUUUGAAAGAGAACGACUACAUAGAAUCCUUAGCCAUAGAAAAAUCCUCAGUAGGAUUUUGUAACGCUCUCUUAGAGAGAGUACGGUCUUUUCAAAGUGAGCACUAUAAUAACGGAAAUCCUACACCGUUUCCCUUCGAUUCGGAAGAGGAUCAAGCUAAGCUGUUCUCCAUUAUGUGGGAGUAUAGCGGCGACCAAGAUAAAGAAUCUUUCUUUUUUACUACAUGUCGUACGGAACGAGCCUUGUCUACGAAGGAGAGCGACCUCAUCUUGCUUGCUUCUGGCGAAGCUUCUAGAAGAGAAGGCCUACUACUACAAUAA